UCAACCGAACAUACACGUGGUAUUUUGGUAUGAAGGACGCAGAAGAUUCACAUAACUGGCUCGAAUAGUCCUUCUAUAACAGGGAAAACAGUUUACACAACGACAAUCAGUGGAAGCAUGAGAAACAUGCAGUGAUAUCGUUUUCACACAAGUUAUCUUAUGUUUGAAGAAUGCAUAUUGCCGAUUUCGCGGCAGGAUCCAUAGGAGGGGCAUGUGGUGUUGCUGUGGGCUAUCCUCUUGAUACAGUAAAGGUGAGGAUACAAACUCAGAAGCAGUUCACUGGAAUUUGGCAUUGCUUCAUAACAACGUUAUCUAAAGAAGGGGUCCAUGGCUUCUUCAAAGGGAUGUCCCUGCCUGUUACCACGGUUUCCAUGACUUCCUCUGUGGUGUUUGGGAUGUACAGGAACUGCCGUCAGUGUCUCAGUCAGCUGAGGGGAGGACCAGGAACCCCAAACACCAAACUAGAAAUCUUCCUCUCCGGCCUGGCCGGCGGUGUGGCUACGGUGACAGUGAUGUCACCAGGCGACAUAGUGAAAGUCAGGCUGCAGUGUCAGACAGAGUCCAUGCGAGCCAGAAAAGGGGCCAACUUGCCCAAACCCAAGUACCGCGGCCCCGUCCACUGUCUCCUGACCAUCGUCAGAGAGGAGGGGGUACUGGGGCUCUACAGGGGAGCUCUGCCUCUCAUGCUGAGAGACGGACCGUCCUACGCCACCUACUUCCUGACUUACAGCACACUCUGUGAGUGGUUCACCCCGACUGGAAAGAAGGGACCAGAGUGGACAGGGGUGAUGCUGGCUGGCGGGGUGGCUGGUAUGACCGGCUGGACAGUGGGUACGCCCAUGGACGUGAUUAAGGCCCGCCUCCAGAUGGACGGAGCCAGGGAUAUCAAGAGAUACAAGGGCUUUGUCCACUGCAUCACAGAGACAGUCAGGGUGGAGGGGUCAGGGGUGUUCUUUAGGAGCUUGGGUAUCAACUGUUUACGUGCCUUCCCUGUCAACAUGGUGGUGUUCGCGACCUAUGAACUCCUGGUCGGCUUCCUCAGAACACAGCCUGAUGCUAUAAAGCCCCCCAAACUAGAGUUUGAGUAGACACUGGUAGUGCUGAGCGAUUAACCGAAAUGUUGGUUAUUUUUUGUUUUUUAAACAACUAAUAGACCAAUUAGUUUAAUUAUUUUCAUUCCAUUUCAUUCGUUUUUUCGCACAGUUUCUCUAGAGAUAAAUCAGAUCCGGCCUGAACUGUGCAAUGUACAGUAGUAUGGAGUUGAAAUUUCCAAUAGUUUAGAGCAUAAAACGUGGUAAUUAACUACAAUGACCAAAAUCCAUU